AUGACGCCUCCGCCAGCAAAGUUCAGAGAUGAUGUUACGAUGCGUCUACUCCAAGGCACUGCCCCCAUUAUCAAGAUCAUAGGUACUGCCCUCAUUGCCUGGAAGACUGCAUGUGUAAUCACCAGCUCCGCAUAUCCCCUCAUGAAGGUCUCCUCAGGAUCAAUGGAGCCAACCUUCUACCGAGGGGAUCUCAUAUUCCUGUGGAACCGACAGCACAGGAUUCACGCUGGUGAUAUUCCCGUGGUGCAACUCAUCUUGACCAAAGGUGAUAACAAUGCUGUCGACGAUACCGCGUUUACCCAGAGGGCUAGUCUUUUGUCUACCGCGAGAAUGUGGUGGGGGUUGGUUCGUGGCUAUGUUCCUUAUGUUGGGUGGACUAGUCUUCGGCUCAAGGAGAGUCCGUUGAUCUUGUACAUAGUCGCGGCUGUAUUGUUUGCUGUUGGCGUGGUAUCAUAG